AUGAAAAUGAAUCCUGGACUUACCUAUCUCAAAACUGCAAGCAAACAGCUUACUCUGCAGACUGCAGCGCUUAUUUUCUUGUUUGUGAGCUUGAAACAUGUAUGUUCCAAUGGCGCCCGUCUACAAAAGACGCAGUCAUUAAACACUAAACAACAAGCAAAGAUUAAUACUAAAAUCUAUGACUACUGUUCAUUGAAGCCCAGUUUAAAAUGGUAGACAUACUAAAAAGCCCGAUUAACAUCCACUUUUUAUAUUCUGGCUCAUAGAUGAACCAGUGUUGUCAUAUAUCUAAUUGCAAGGUGCAAUCUUGUGCAGCUUAACGCAGCUUGAGUUUGGCUUUUAAAAAUUCCUAAUCCUUCUUGAGUUGACGUCAUGACCAGCGUCGAUAAAAUACUGCCACCGUCACAAAGGUUUUAGUGAAAAUACCAAAAUUGGAGAAUACGCGCUGCAUCUUACGUUAUAUCCUAUAAAUUAAGAAAACGCAAGCCAAAGCGUUCAUUAAAGAGGUUUUAAGCCGAGGUGCACUCAGUUGACUUGAAGGUAAUUUUCACAAAUUCAUACGGUAUGAACCUGUUUGAGCAUAGUGUGUCCAGACAAUACACUCUCCUCCGCUUGUUUCAAUAACCCCUCUAUGGUUUCGGUAUACUUGCAGCUGCGAAAUAUACGGUAGCUUGCAUGUCUCAUGAGAAGUCAACUAAAAUUAGGGAGUUUUUUUAUGAUUUUUAAAGGGCUACGUCGGUGUUGUUGCAAUUUUGCUCAUCAAGCAGCAUAUUUUCAUUACCACAGGAUGCCAGCUAUUUUAUAGGCUUCUUUCUAGCCACCUACAAGAAAAUUUUAACGAUAAAUGACUGCCUAAAUAGUAUGCAUUUUCCUUAUUUGUUUUCAAUAUCCAUACAGACUAAAAACAUUUUAGGGAGGAUAUUCAUCCAAAUAUUGUUUCUUGCACUUAUUUGGUAACAAAUUAAGUCUUUUCCCUCAGAUUUUAGAUUUAACAAAUGAGCAGAUUUUGGUUUGUAAAAUGCUUACAGCUAUUUGACUUUUUAAGAUCGUGAAGUGCCCGCUCAUUUCUCCGCGUCUCUGUUCGUUUACCAAUGCUGCGUAUCCAAUUGACAAAAUGGCCCACAUCCACUGCAAAACGUUAUGGGAGCAGUGUGAAGUUUUCUAA